CUGAACCUGGUCUCCAGUGCCACCCUCUCCAAGAGCACUUCCGACACGUUCCCCGACGGCUUACCUCAUCCCCCCACCUCGGCCACGGCGCCCAUCACCCCCCUGCGGCAGGGCCCCCCCAAGUUCUGCACCCCGAUAUCUUCAGAACUUGCACAGAAUCACGAGUUUUACAAAAACGCGGACGUUCGGCCGCCCUUCACGUACGCCUCGCUCCUUCGGCAGGCCAUCCUGGAGACCCCCGACAGGCAGCUAACGUUGAACGAAAUCUAUAACUGGUUCACGCGGAUGUUCGCCUACUUCCGGAGGAACACGGCCACCUGGAAGGUGAGCCCCCGCCACAACCUGAGCCUGCACAAGUGCUUCGUGCGCGUGGAGAACGUGAAAGGAGCCGUCUGGACGGUCGACGAGCACGAGUACCAAAAGCGAAGGCCACCAAAGAUGACAGGGAGUCCGACUCUAGUCAAAAAUAUGAUUUCAGGACUCGGUUACGGAGCACUUAAUGCAAGUUACCAGGCUGCGCUGGCGGAGAGCAGCUUCCCCCUGCUCAACAGCCCCACCAUGAUCAACACCAGCUCGGCCAGCGGCAUGCUGCACGUGGGCCACGACGACGUGAGCAGCACCGUGGAGCAGGUCAACAGCAACGGCAGCAACAGCCCACGCCUGUCCCCGCAGCAGUACAG